CUCGGCUUGACUGAUUGCGCUGACAGCAUCAUCGGCACGCGAUCCUUGAAAGGACUCUCUGGUGGAGAGAAGAAAAGAGUGGCAUUUGCCCAAGAGAUUCUUACAAAUCCUCCGAUUUUACUGUGUGAUGAACCGACUUCUGGAUUGGACUCCUUUCUUGCUAUUCAAGUUGUAAAUGUGUUGAAAAACUUGGCUGCUAAAAAGUCCAUGACAAUCGUUUUCACAAUUCAUCAGCCAUCCAGCCAAGUAUACGAGCUUUUCGACAGAGUUUAUAUGAUGACUGACGGUCGUGUAGCGUUUUGUGGACGGCAAGACAGUGCUAUGCAGUUUUGGUCAAAGCUGGGACGACCACUUCCACGAAACUUCAAUCCGGCCGAUCACUACAUCUCCUCGUUGUCAGUCAAGGAUCCAGGGAGCUCUGGACGUCGCAGCAAUAAGGCAAAAGUAGGAAAUUAUCAUAGACAUUAUCGAAUGGAUGUCAGGAAUCGGAUGAAACAUGAGAAAGGGUCAAAAUAUAGGCGAACCCGAUUAGAAUUAUCACCAAAGCAUAGGCGAACCCGAUUAGAAUUAUCACCAGAAGAAUACAAAGGGUUUAGGCCUUCACAACGAUUAUGUUGCUAA